AUGCCAGCGCUUCCUUCAUUUGCUUCCGGCUUAGCAAACAGUCUCGUGCAUCGUGCUACCCUUGCAUCGCCCCCUAAUGCGACGGGGAUUGACCCAGUCCUUGAAGUUGUAUGCGCCUGGCCAGUCUCCGGCCAGUAUGGACCGGGCACCCGCGUCUUAUAUUACGCCUUGAUUGCAGCUUGUGUGGUCGCUCGGAAGGUGGAGUUUAUACGGAGCGCCUGUCUGGCUGCUGUGCUACUUUUCCCCGCUGUCGCCGCUAUACAUGGGAUUGUUCUAGCAGUGCUUCACGUUGAUGGAGCCGUCGACAUGGACGUCUACGGAGCUUUCCAAUUAUGCGCAAUAGGCAUCCUAACAGCCCCAGCAACAGUCCGCCUAUCCACGACCUAUUUCAACAAUCCAGGUCGGGAUUUGAUCUUCUUAUGGACGGUACUUCUUCUCGCCGGGCUGCUAAGCCUAAUCGUGGAAUUUAUGCGCCUCAAAUCCGUCGUCUGUCCUAUAAACGAGCAGGGUGGAAUCGAGUGGACAAGAACAAACAAAUUCCCUUAUGGAGAAUCUUGCGGCAUGCGAUGCACUCCAGAAGAUGGUCCAAUUUCACGGUUGCGUCAAGGUUCCGCCGACAAUAUAUAUGUCGUGCCGACGCCUUCUCAAUUGACGUUCAAUACCACGACCCUUCUCGCCGCCGGGUGCUGUGUCCCAGCCAUCCUGCAAUUGGUUUCCAUGUGGAUUAAGAUCAUGGAUGCUAACUGGGAGAAAUUCUCUCGCGGGGAGAAGAAGAAGAAGCCCGAGGAGCCAAUCGAAGGUACCAAUGGGGCUACUCUCAGUCAUAUGACGGGCAUUACGGAGAAGAUCCGCAGCUGGCUGGCUCUCAUUGAAAUUCCCGUCUUUGCUGCAGCCGUCUUGUUCAUUCUUGUCAAGGGGGAAAUGAACUUUUGGAGUUGGCCGGUGUAUUACCAGACAGAGCGGAUAGCGAGUAUAGGCCAAUGGGCACCCAUAGUCGGUACAGGUCUCGCCGUCUUCGGAUCUCUAUACCUCCUCAUCUCAGCCGAAAUCGCCGCAGAAGGAAACGACGACAACCCAAACGAAACCCAAAACCCCCAAAUGAUAAUAACAACAACAACAUGCGCCAAAUGCCAAAGCUGCGCCAUAUCAUCCGACACAGAGUCCAACAAUGAAUCCAGACGAAAUUCAGAAACAGCCACAAACACCAACACAGAAACCCAAGGCCAAGUCCUAUCCCAAGCCCCCUCACCCUCACCACCACCCUCAACAACCACCCCAAUCCGAACAUCAACCGUCCAAACAACCCUAACAACCCAAACAGACGUCGGAAACCGACGAAAAGUAGCCCGCUUCUUCAAUGCCCUCAGCACAGCAAUAACAACCAAAGCCGCCAAACAAACCGAAAAAUCAGGCUUCAACCAAGACGAACGAACAACCUACCCAACAACACCAGGCGAGAACCUGCGGAACCCGAAACUAGCGGAGGAUAUAAGUAUCUACAAUAAAUACCCGCCAUCAAUGGAUGGACGGUCCAGAGCGGGUAGUUUUAUAAGUGUUAGUCGGGACUCUGAUAACGGCGAAGGGAGUUCACGGAUAGCACGGAGUCGCAGUCCAGCUCGUCAUUCCUCUUUACCUGGCCAAAUGCAUCCUCCACCGCGUGCAGCGACAAGACCGUCGCAUUCGAAUUCGGAGCCUGGGGGUGGUCUCUUCGGGUCUAGCUCUGGAUCUUAUCUGGGCAGUCCGGGAUUGGCGAUCAGUGAGUGGCAGAUGGGGUUGAGCCCUGUUUCUGUUACGCCUGAGGGUAGGAGUCGGGGGACUUCUAUUUCCGAUGGGAGUCCGAGUCCUACCUCGACCCUUAUGUCUGGGGCGCAGGCUGUCCCGAGAAUUCAUGUUUCUAGUCAUGGGGGUCCUUGA